AUGGUGAGAAUUGAAAUGGAAAAUUUACUAGAAAUGAUGAAACAAUUAAAAGAAGGUAAAGAAGAAAGGGACAGAAAAUUUGAAAAACAUGACAGAGGAGGUGCAGUACCCCAGGGUAAUGCAACAAAAGAAGCUAUCCAACAGUUGGGGUUGCGAGAAGGACAAGUUGUUUAUAAAUGUCCAAAAUGCUGCUGCAUUAAGCCAGAAAGAGCCCAUCACUGUAGUGUUUGUCAACGUUGUAUUCGCAAGAUGGAUCAUCACUGUCCUUGGGUCAAUAACUGUGUUGGAGAAAAUAAUCAAAAAUAUUUUGUGCUUUUUACAUUCUACAUAGCUGUGAUAUCAGCCCAUGCUUUCUUUUUGGCCAUCAGUCACUUUAUAACUUGCAUAAAUGGAGAUUGGAAAAAAUGUUCCUCGCACUCACCACCUGCUACUGUAGUUCUUCUGCUACUUCUGAUGUUUGAAGCUUUACUCUUUGCCAUAUUUACCUUGGUUAUGUUUGGUACUCAAGUCCAGGCAAUAUGGAAUGAUGAAACGGUAAGAAAGAAACAGAAAAAAUAA